AUGGCAGAAGACAAGAAUGAUGAAUCAGCUGCCAAGGUCCAGUUGAACAGUGUCCAUAACUUUUUUCGCACUUUGAACGAGGUUGCGACACAUUUUCGGUUUACUUUUGGUUCACGGGCGAAACAGUUGACCGACCUUAAUGCUACAAUGAGUUCGUUAGAGGAAGACAUAGAGAAACUGAUCGAAACACCGUUGCAGUCCGGAUGCGGAGACUGUGAAGCCGUGAAGACGGCCAAGGCCAAGCUUGAUGCAGCCCAUGCACAGGUGUUGAAGAAGAUGAAGGAGCAAUCUGCUAUACGCCAAGAAGAAUACAAGAGAGAAAACGAAGCAUAUCGUCAGAAGUUGGAGGGCAUCAAGGAGGACAUGGAUGCCAAUGAGCGCGCGUACCUCGAAGGACGCAUCAAGCCAGAACGCCGUGAAACUCCAGAGGAAAGAGCCGCUGAAGUUGCCAAGUUGCUAAAGGAGUAUCACAUCGAGCACUUGAAAAAGGCGAAAGAUGCAAAAGACUGGGCAGAUAAAGCGCAGGCAGGAGCAGAAAAAGCAAGAAAGAAGGCCGACGAGAAGCAAAAGAAUGCGAUGAAAGCAAAGGUCGCCGUCGACGAGGCGAUCGCUCGUGAGACACAAUUCUCAGGAAAUCAGGAUAUGGUUGAUGCUGGUCAUGAGGGAGCAAGGAACCUCGCUGCAGAGAUGGCGAAAAAUGGUAACUUUCACAUCGAAGCUCUCCAAGCCGGCGUGGAAGGCGGUGCAUUCGUGUGGGUAUGGGAAGAGGACGCCUGUCGCUUCGACGCUCACCCCGACGAGACUCGGAAGCACGGAUCCAAAAGCAACCCUGUGAUUCUGUAUGAGCAGCGGAUCUGGAUGAAACUGGAAGCACACCACCUUGUAUUGGAAGCCGGUGGAUCCACCGCGGAAUUUGGAACUGUGCAGAUCUCCGUUGGACAGAAACUCUUCGCCCAGACAAGUGGUCUUAGCUACACCGUUGACAUCCAAGAAAGCUCCCAGAAGAACGUCAAGACAAGGUACGCACGUAGGGUUCAUCGAAUCCGUGCUUGUGACUUGGAUCCCAAGACAAUGGCUGAGCUCAUGAAUCAGCGCAAAAAGGCAUUGGAGACUGUGGGAAAGGCCUCGAUAGAAGCAAGAACGGCAUUGCAAAAGGCGGAGUUUGAACAGCAGAAAGCAAUCCACCUAUUAGAGCGUGCCGAAGAACGAUUGAAGGGCGCCGAUAUUACGGCAUGGAAGGUUCCCUACCCCAACGGCAAGCCUGUUGGGUACGAUGCGAUUCCUAUGACUUGGCACACCAUGGGCGAUGCGCUCUACAUGGAGGUGUCGCUUCUUCCCUCGGACCCCGAAUACAAGCAGGUAGCCACCUUUUUCUCCAAGACAUCGAAGAACAACAUUGUCUCGAUGCGUCGUGUCCAAAACAUUCUGCUUUGGAACUUGUUUGCACGAACGAGGGAACCGGUGGGUAAAACCUCUCUCAACGACGGCAACCCAAACGAAGAAUUCCUAUGGCAUGGAAGUGGUAAAGUGGAGGGGGCUCUGGAGAAGAUAUUAGUCGGAGGUUUCGACUCGAGUUUCAGCUCUUGCACCCCGAAGGGUAUCUGGCUCUCUACAAACAGCCUGUACUCGUUAGAUUAUUCUCCGUCGCAUGGAAAGGCUAAAAAGAUCUUUCUUGUCCGCACUGUUCUAGGGUACAUUGGCGAGAUCCAUGGCAAGUCUGCGCUGGAUAUCGUCAAUGGAGUUGAGGUGGACAGCCAUCACUGUGGCAAAAGCUCGGAGGGACAUACCCGCAAAGAUGACCAGUGGGGUGGUGGAAGUGACAACCGAUACGUCGUGAACCGAAACAAUCAAGUCUAUCCCGCAUAUGUCCUCGAGUUUGAAUGA